AUGACUCAUUCACAGACAUCAAUACGUCGUAAUCGACCGGGAAUUAAAGCAAAAGAUUGGUGUAAUUGGCCAGAUGAAAGUUUGGAAAAUAUGGAUUCACUUUUUCAUAUUCAACAAUAUAUUCAACAAGCCAUUCGUCGUAAUCCAUCAGAUAUUGAUUUUAUUCUUCAAGUACCGGAACAACAAGAUGAAGGCGUUUGGAAAUACGAACAUUUACGACAAUUUUGUCUUGAACUCAAUGAUUUAACCGUUUAUUUACAAAAAGAAUGUUUACCAGAUACUUGUUCACAAAUGACAGCAACUGAGCAAUGGAUAUUCUUAUGUGCAGCACAUAAAAAUCCAAAAGAAUGUCCUGCUAUUGAUUAUACACGACAUACAUUAGACGGUGCAGCUUCAUUACUGAAUAGUAAUAAAUAUUUUCCAAGCCGAAUCUCAAUUAAAGAUACUUCAAUAGCCAAAUUAGGCAGCGUAUGUCGACGAAUUUAUCGUAUAUUUUCUCAUGCUUAUUAUCAUCAUCGUACACUCUACGAUGAAUUUGAAGAACGUACACAUCUAUGUCGUCGUUUUACUGUAUUUGCUUUACGUUAUGGUCUUAUUCCAAAAGAUAAUUUAAUUGUUCCAAUAAAUGGAGUUAAUCAAGAUGUUUCAACUAUUAUGCAACAACAAUCAUCUCCAAUAAAAACGAAUUCAUUUACAUCAUUAAAAAAUGGUAGUAGUCCACCAUCAUCUUCAUCAUCACUUGAAAGUGAUGCCUAA